UGUAACUAUGCAUAGUACCUAUCACUUAAAAAUUCCAAUCCCAUCUACGGUCUAGUAUAUGAUAUCUUUCUUAUCGUAUCGGUAAUAAGUGCCAUAUUUUCGUGAUAGCAAAAAUCAGUUAAAUUAUGUUUUGUACUCACAACAAAAACACUAUUUAUCUAUAAACAUGUCGAAACUAACGUUAAUAUUAAGUUUAGUGCUAAUAUUUUCAAGUGUUGAUUAUGUGACUCCCUAUAAAAUUUUGGGAGUGUUUCCGUUUGGAGCUCCCAGUCAUUACUUUUUAGGAAAUGAGCUGAUAAAGGGUUUAGCUUCCGCAGGUCAUGAUGUUACCAUGAUAACGGUUUUCGAAGAGAAAAAUCCACCGAAAAAUGGAUCAUAUCGACAGGUGAUCUUGGACGGUGUUCUGGAAGAGCAACAAGUUAUAUUUAAAGACGUUACGAACCUUUCGAAGAAGCAGUCAGCAUUCACUAACCCCCUACAUAUGCUAACUAUGUUCAAUACAAUUGGAUAUAAAGUUUCUGAAAUGGUGCUCUCCCAUUCAAAAAUGCAGACGUUAAUGAAGUCCGAUGAAAAAUUUGACAUAGUAAUAACUACGCAAUUCGCAAUCGAAGCUGUCAAAGCUCUAGCUCCUCAUUUCAAUGCACAUUUAGUGCUGUUCAAUAACCAUGCUGCAAACAAUUGGAUGAACCACUUCGUUGGCAACCCAACUCUUCCGUCUUUGAACCCGAAUAUUGUACUAGGAUAUCCAGAACUUAUGAGUUUCCAGCAACGCUUAGUCAACACAUUAUUAUCGGCAGCUACAUACAUGAACUACAAUAUUCUGCAAUAUCCCGAGCAAAAUGAGCUCGUCCACAAAUACAUAUCGAAAGAUUUAGAACUACCAGCGGUUCAGUACAACGUUUCUCUAGUGCUUUCAAAUUCCCACAGCAGCUUGAACAAACCAGCUGCAUCAGUUCCUUGUAUGAAGGAAAUAGCUGGAUUCCACGUUAAGCCACCUAAACCUCUUCCUGCAGACCUCAAGAAGUAUUUAGAUGCAGCAAAACACGGAGUUAUUUAUUUUAGUAUGGGAUCUAACCUAAAAAGUGCUGAGAUGACUCAGGAGACGAAAGAUGCUCUGAUGAAGGCGUUUUCUAAAAGGAAAGAGAGUGUUUUGUGGAAGUUUGAAGAUGAUAAUUUGCCCGGAAAGCCCAAAAACGUCAGGAUUGAAAAAUGGCUGCCACAGUCUGAUUUACUGGCCCACCCAAACAUUAAACUCUUCAUCACCCAUGGAGGUUUUCUGAGCACCAUAGAAAGUUUAUAUCAUGCAGUACCGACUGUAGCAAUUCCUAUAUUUGGUGAUCAACAACAAAAUGCCAAACAAUCAGAAUCAUUCGGAUACGCUAAAGUACUAGAUUUCGAUACAAUGACUGAAGAAAGUAUAUCAGCGGCAAUAGAAGAGGUGAUAUCAAAUAAAAAAUACCGAGAGAAUGUACAAGCGCGAUCCAAAAUGUUUCACGAUAGACAAAUGCAUCCUCUACAGGAAGCCGUGUAUUGGAUAGAAUACGUUGUGAAACACAACGGGGCUAAACAUCUCAGAGUUGGCUACUUGGACCUAGCAUGGUACCAAUAUUAUAUGCUCGAUGUGUUUGGACUUAUUUUUGGAACUAUAUUUCUCAUCGGUUUUGUAAUUAAAAAAGUAUUGUCAUGUUUAUAUAAGUUGGUAAAAGGUGAUUGUGAUGCUACAAAUAAGUCGAAAAAGCAGAAGAAGGUAAAGAAACAUUAAAACUUGUACAAAAUAAAUAUUUAUACAUAUUAUAAAAA